AUGCUUACGGUCACCUUCAUUCGUCAUGGUCAAUCUUUAGACAAUUUAAAGAGUAAUUGGGCUGGUUGGAAGGAUGCUCCGCUGAGCGAACUUGGCAAUAAGCAAGCAGCUGCGCUUGGCAAGGCUUUCAAGGCAUCAAACACUCAUUUCGACUUUAUUUACGCCUCCGAUCUACUACGCGCAAACACCACUGGACUUUCCGUGCUCGAAGCCCAUGACGACCCCAAGCCAACUUUCUCCUCAUCUCCCAAACUCCGCGAACAGCAUUUUGGCGUUGCGGAAGGUCAACCUUGGGUCUUGAGCACCCCGCCAGGCGACCAGAGUUUAGAUGAGCUAUUUGCUCAGGGGAUAUUCCCGGUGCUCCACUCCCGCAACGCCAAAUUUCCAGAGGGCGAGUCUUUGGAUGACUUAGCCCGGCGAGCCGACGGAGCGGUCGCGGAAUUUCUUGUCCCACAUCUCGCUUCGCCUAACAACACCCAUGUUGCCAUAGCAAGUCACGGGCUGUGCAUCAGCGAACUGGUUGCCGCACUUCUGCGACUUGACCCUCAAUCACGGAGGGACAUAUCUUAUGCUGGCCUCCGCAAUACGGCUUGGACUCGGGCGGUCGUCACUGUCAAGGACGGCUACAGCUUGCCGAAAUACGGGGCCCCGCCUCCAUUGACUGUGGAUAUCACGCAUGUUAACGUCGCUGAUCACCUUCACACUUUGGAGAGUGUGGAGCCUCUCGAAGAGGUGGAUGAGUCGAAGGCAUCUGCUCGCGCGUUCUUUGGGGGCAAGGCCAUGGUUUAG